UAACAAAUUACUCCGGGCAUUUGACUUUUUUUUUUCCCUGCUGGAAUUUUAUUAUUAAAUUGAUAAAUCUUAAAGUUCAACCUGUUUCCUCAUAGUUUAUUUCCCCAUAAACUGGUCCAAGAUGCUGGCCUGAAAGACCUAUCAUUGUUAUUUUUUACCGUUGCUGUGUACACCCAGUUAAAAUGGGUGUUGAGCAGUUUGGAAAGGUGGGGUUGAAAAUAUGGCCAAGUGCUCCAUUGUGUGGGUGUCUUAUUUAAAGACUUAGUUGGAAGUUCUUAAGAGGCUUCAUGCCUCAGCAACAUGUGGAAGAUGCUUUGCUUUAAUGAAGUUAAAAAUGUGGAUUUUAAUGAGGCAGAGGGUUAAAGUGGUGAAGGCUGCUAGGGGGUUUGGAAAAAAGUCCAUGAUGCUCUUCAUUUCAUUUCUUUUUAUUCAUUUUUCUGUACCUGCCCAUGGACUUUGAAUUACCAGGAAUUCUUGAAAAGUUUUUGUGUUUGGUCUUGUGAAACAAGUUUGUUUUCAUAGACAAGGCCACUGAUGGGCUUAAGGGUCUUGAAUUUGAGCUGCCCAAUGUCGUUCCUAAUUAUCAAAAUGUUUCCCUCAUGUAAAUAAAGCAAAGAAAGGAAGGAAGAAAGGAUGCAGAUAUCAGGGACAUUCCUCUUUUGUGUUUGAUUUGGUGUUUUUGGCUUGUGAAUUGGUUUAAGUAAAUGUCCUUUCUCAUAAUGCCUAUGGGCACUGCAGAUCCUGGUCAUGGGGCAGUAUUAUGAACACCCUGCCAGGCACUCCAGGAUGUCAGCACUGAGAUGACAGACCUGAGGGAAGAUGUCCUAAGGGUAGAAAGAUCACAUUCCUACAGUGUUCCUCUCUUGGAGUGUGUGUGGGUGUUUCGUAAUCUUGAACUAGCUUUAUGCUUUGUGCACCGAGGGCAGCCUGGGCCUCUGGAUCUUCACUUGGGCAUGUUCCUGCCCACCUUGCUGCACCAGGCAACCGAGGAACAGCAGGAGCGCUUCUUCAUGCCUGCCUGGAACUUGGAGAUCAUUGGCACUUAUGCCCAAACAGAGAUGGGUCAUGGAACCCAUCUUCGAGGCUUGGAAACCACAGCCACUUACGACCCUGAAACCCAGGAGUUCAUUCUCAACAGUCCUACUGUGACCUCCAUCAAGUGGUGGCCUGGUGGACUUGGAAAAACUUCAAACCAUGCUAUCGUACUUGCCCAGCUCAUCACUCAGGGGAAGUGUUACGGGCUGCAUGCCUUCAUUGUGCCUAUUCGUGAACUUGGGACCCAUAAGCCUUUGCCAGGUAUUACCGUAGGAGACAUUGGCCCCAAAUUUGGCUAUGAUGAGAUGGAUAAUGGCUACUUGAAGAUGGACAGCUAUCGUAUUCCCAGAGAAAACAUGCUGAUGAAACAUGCCCAGGUGAAGCCUGAUGGCACAUACGUAAAACCCCUGAGUAACAAGCUGACCUACGGGACCAUGGUGUUCAUCAGGGCCAUGCUCGUGGGAGAAUCCGCUCGCUGUCUGUCUAAGGCAUGCACCAUUGCCAUCCGAUACAGUGCUGUGAGGCAUCAGUCUGAAAUCAAGCCAGGUGAACCAGAACCGCAGAUUUUGGAUUAUCAAACCCAGCAAUAUAAACUUUUUCCCCUCCUGGCCACUGCCUAUGCCUUCCAGUUUAUAGGCGCAUACAUGAAAGAGACCUAUCAUCGGAUUAAUGAAGACAUUGGCCAUGGGGACCUGAGUGAGCUUCCUGAGCUCCACGCGCUCACCGCUGGGCUGAAGGCCUUCACGUCCUGGACAACAAACACAGCUAUUGAAGCCUGUCGGAUGGCUUGUGGCGGACAUGGCUAUUCUCACAGCAGUGGACUUCCAAAUAUUUACGUCAAUUUUACCCCAACCUGCACCUUCGAGGGGGAAAACACUGUCAUGAUGCUGCAGACAGCCAGGUUCCUGAUGAAAAGUUACGACCAGGUGCACUCAGGCAAGUUGGUGUGUGGCAUGGUGUCCUACUUGAAUGACCUGCCCAGCCAGCGCAUCCAGCCACAGCAGGUGGCCGUCUGGCCAACCGUGGUGGACAUCAACAGCCCCAACAGCCUGACAGAGGCGUACAAGCUUCGAGCGGCCAGAUUAGUAGAGAUUGCUGCUAAAAACCUUCAGGUUGAAGUGAUUCACAGAAAAAGCAAGGAGGUAGCGUGGAACCUAACGUCCAUUGACCUUGUUCGGGCAAGUGAGGCACAUUGCCACUAUGUGGCAGUUAAGCUUUUUACGGAAAAAGUCCUCCAGCUUCAAGAGAAGUCCAUCCAAGCUGUCCUAAGGCGUUUGUGUCUCUUGUAUUCUUUGUAUGGAAUCAGUCAGAAUGCAGGGGAUUUUCUUCAGGGGAGCAUCAUGACAGAGUCUCAGAUCACCCAGGUGAAUGAGCGCAUAAAGGAGCUGCUGACUGAGAUUCGCCCUGACGCGGUCGCUCUGGUGGAUGCAUUUGAUUUUCAGGAUGUGACACUGGGCUCUGUGCUUGGCCGCUAUGAUGGGAAUGUGUAUGAAAACUUGUUUGAAUGGGCCAAGAAAUCUCCACUGAACAAAACAGAGGUCCAUGAAUCUUACAAGCACCUGAAGUCACUGCAGUCCAAGCUCUGACAUGGCUUGAUGAUAAGUGCAGUCUGCCCCUGAAAGCAGCUGUUCUCCUUACACCUGCCACACAGAUCUGCAUGGAAUCUUGAUCAAAUUCAGAAAGGCUGUAGAGCAAGUGAUAAAUUGACCCUUUCCUCUUUUUAUAAAUGAAAAAAGAAAAUGAACAGAUUUUGCAAAUUAAAGGAAAAAACCAGAUGUGUUUUACAAGUGCAAUUAACACUGAAAGAGACUAUUAAGCAUUCAGAAAAAGCUUUAAGAAAUGCAGUGCAACUUCCAUCUAUAUUGCUGCCUAUCCCAGGAGGCCAGGACUUUUGAUAAUUAGUAAAAUUUAACUACUAAGUAGUUAAUUAUUUUCACAUCUUAAUUGCUAAUCAUUGGAUAUACAAGUGUUUUUAAACAAAGGUGUUUUUUUAAGCAGGGUAGAACCCUUCCAAGCGUCCUUGCUCAUGUCCUAACACAGCUGCCAGGGGCCCCGGCUAGAAAGCAUGAGUGAAGAAGAGAGACUGGGGAAAAGAAACUAAUCAGGAAAUCUGUGAGUUCAUGCCUGACGCACUGACACCUUUCCUGCCUGCUUGCCCUCCUUUAUUGAUGUAUUGCUCCUGUCUUAAGUCUUCAUAGUAGCAUCUUUCCAACCUGAAGAUUUCUUGAGCACAUGCUCCUGCAGGGUCCCUGCCCUGUGUAAUUCAGAAUUAAGCUUCCGUUGGAGGGUUCCCUAAAUGAUCCUCUAGUAGAACUAUAGCUCCCUUUGCCUCAACUUCUUGGGAAGAGGGAGGCAGUCAAGUCAUCUCUACAUAUAACUUUUGGCAACUGAUGAGAUCUCCAGAUCAGUCGUUUUGAUCUCCCUCUCCUGCGAAAGAUGCUAAAGAAAGGAGAAAAAUAGUCACAGUUCCUUCUUAGAAGAAUAAGGGCGUGGAGAGCUAUCAGUUAUGGUUACUGUAACUUUGGUGACCAUGGUAACUACAUUUUCUAGAACAAUCCAGAUUUCCUACAUUCUGGCACUCUGGCCGAAGCCAUUAAAUGCUUGGAGGUUACUGUGUCUGGCCUUAGAAAAAUAAAAGCAUCACUCAUUGCCUCUUAUACCCAGGAAAGUCCUUUGACAAACCAUGUGUUCUGAUUUUUUAAUCAGAAAAUAUAAUCAUUGAAACAGUGGCUAAAGGAUAAAUGGAAGCUCCAUAGAAUGUUUCUUAGGGUGUAUCUGGUUUUAUUUUCAGUAUGUUUCUAGGAGCUUUAUCUGACUUGCUAAAUUGUCCUUUCAGCUGAAGUCUAAUUUAUACAAUCGUUCUAUAUUUAAAAGCUAAACAUGAAAAAAAAAAAAAAA